AUGAUGUGGACAAAGAGCUCCUUCAGUAUUACUUUGCUGAUUAUAUCUUUGUGGUUAGCAAGAUGUUUAGGAAGAGACAACAUCUCUGUAAAUGAAUCACUUUCAGAUGGGCAGACCAUAGUUUCCAUGAAAAAUGUAUUUGUUCUUGGCUUCUUUAGCCCUGGAGCUCCAACCCAUCGAUAUGUUGGUAUAUGGCAUAACAACCCAGGAAAUAGAACAAUCGUAUGGGUUGGUAACAGGAAUGAACCACUAACAGAUACUUCAGGAGUCCUUAUGUUUGAUAGUAAUGGAAACCUGGUAAUUGUGCAUGGCGGCAGAUCACUCAUAGUGGGUUCUGGACAGGGAGCCAAAGACAUGAAAGCCACAAUCCUGGAUUCUGGUAAUCUUGUCCUGAGCAGCAUGGCUAACCCAUCAAGGUAUAUAUGGCAGAGUUUUGACUCUCCUACUGAUACAUGGCUUCCAGAAAUGAAGAUUGGUCUGAGGACAACAAACCAAACGCUCAUUUCAUGGAGGAGCAAUGAUGAACCAGCAGUGGGAGACUACAAACUUGGAAUGGAUCCUUCUGGGCUAUCACAAUUCAUUACCUGGUGGAGAGGGAAUAAAUAUUGGACCAGUGGACACUGGAACGGUGACAUGCUUUCUUUCAUUCCAGAAUUAAAAUUUUUUAGAACCAUCCCUAUUUUCUUCAAAUGUAGUAAUUCUACUGAUGACAUCUCUUGCACAUACUCUGCCAACCCAUCUGAUAGGAUGACAAAGAUUGUUUUGAAUUCAACUGGAUCAUUAGGCAUCAUGCAGUUUGAUUCUCUCACAAAAUCAUGGAGUUUGUUAUGGAGACAACCUGUUGCUUGUGAUUUUCCUAACCUAUGUGGAGCUUUUGGUAUAUGCAAUGACAGUGCAGUGCCUAAGUGUUCUUGUGCAAGCGGAUUUGUGCCACAGGACACAAUAGCAUAUUCUAAUGGAUAUACCAGGGAAGGCUGCACGAGGGAGAUCGAGCUGCAAUGUUUCAAUGACGAGUUCUUUGUGAUUCCUAAUAUACGAGCACCUGAUAAUAGAAAGAAGCUGCCUGUUAUGGGUCCUAGUGAAUGCAAACGGGCAUGUUUGGAGGACUGUUCUUGUAUAGCUUAUGCUUAUUCGCAGUUGAAUGGCUGCAGCUUGUGGUAUGGUAAUCUUACAAACUUGCAGGUUGGUUAUGAUGUUGAUGGUGCAGGAACCAUAUUCCUUCGUCUGGCAGCAUCAGAUCAAAAAAUGCUUUGGAUGGCGGGUGUGAUUCCAUCUGUUGCACUUCUUUUCUUUUGCUUUAUUUACUUUGUUAUUUGGAGAAGGCGGCGUCAAAACAAAGGUAAAGAAAAAUUACAUGCUCACCACUCCUUGAUGGCUCUCGAUACGAACAGUGCAUUCAAACUCUGGGAGAGUGAAGAAACAGGUUCUCAGUUUAUGCUGUUUUCCUUCUCUCAAAUAGCAAAUUUCACCAACAACUUUUCUGCUCAAAACAAGCUUGGAGAAGGGGGGUUUGGUCCUGUGUACAAGGGCAACUUACCUGAUGGGCAGGAUAUUGCUGUCAAGAGACUUGCAACAAAUUCAGGACAAGGGUUAGUUGAGUUUAAGAAUGAGGUCCUGCUGAUAGCCAAACUUCAACACGUAAAUUUGGUUAGGCUUUUAGGCUGCUGCAUCCAAGGGGAAGAAAAGAUACUUAUGUACGAGUACAUGCCAAAUAAAAGCUUGGAUUUCUUCCUCUUUGAAAAAUCAAGACGGAUAGUAUUGGAUUGGGCAAAGAGAAUACAUAUAAUUGAAGGAAUUGCUCAUGGUCUUCUUUAUCUUCACAAGCAUUCUAGACUGAGAAUUAUUCAUAGGGACUUGAAAGCAAGCAACAUUCUGUUAGACAUUGAUAUGAACCCUAAAAUCUCUGAUUUUGGCAUGGCGAGAAUAUUUGGCGCUAAAGAAACUCAAGCUAAUACAACCAGAGUUGUUGGGACAUACGGUUACAUGGCUCCUGAAUAUGCGAUGGAAGGCAUUUUCUCAGUUAAGUCUGAUGUGUUUAGCUUUGGGGUAUUACUUUUGGAGAUCAUCAGCGGAACAAGAAAUGCAGGAUCCCACCGGCGUGGGCGCUCUCUUAACCUUCUUGGUCAUGCUUGGGAAUUAUGGAGAGAAGGCAGAUGGUCUGAUCUCGUUGAUCCAACCCCGCGUGAUGCAUACCCUGAGCAUAGGGUACUGAGAUGUGUUCAAGUUGGCCUGAUGCACGUCCAAGAAAAUGCUGCUGAUCGUCCCACUAUGAACGAUGUCAUCUCAAUGCUUACUAGCGAAAGCAUGACCUUGCCUGAUCCUAAGCAGCCUGCUUUCCUCUCCAUUGUGCUUCCAACCGAAAUGGAUGUCCAAGAUGGAUCCUUUUCUCAGAAUGCAAUAACAAUUACUGAUCUGGAGGGUAGAUAAUAAUCAUCUCCACCUCUGCAGCAUCUGCUGUUCUUAACCUUGAUCAAAUCCAUCUGGCGUCGUGUAUUCCCAUUCUAAUAACCGGGCAUGCUUAUUGAUGAAAAAGGAAAGUAUAAAAAUAGGAGAGUUUCACUGUGGCAUAGUAUAAAGACAGUUACGUAGUUCGUUCGGCAGUUUGGAUAAACCAGGAUAGAAAUUCUACAAAUGGCCGAAUUCUUUAAGUUUCUCUAACUGUGUUACACACUCCCUCCACUUCAUUUUAUUUUGUAAGACCUUCCAGUCUUACUACGUUCCUUAGUAUUCAUGUGAGUCUUAUAGAGUAUUUCUUUUUUCUGGUCUUUAGAUAUCUCACAAACGAUAUGAAGAUAUAU